GAAUGCCCAUUUUUUUCUAAUGACGUCACGUAGACGGAAAAGUAGGUCUAGUUUUUAACUAGUAAAACAGGACGGCUCGCUGCUGCGGUGACUAAAGUGUAUGUCUAACGGUGUAAUGAGCACUGUUACCUUAAAAUAUAUCGGUUACCUCACUGGUUAAAUCUCGUGCGCCGGACUGCUGUCAAGUCCAGGGAACAGUUAACUGCGGCUGACAGCACAGCGGACGAAAGCGGAAGAAGUUUGAGUCAGCAGCACAACCCAGCAGCAGUCAUUAGCUCGAGUAGUUAGCUUGACGUUUUGCUGAUCAAACGUUGGCAGAUAGAGACCAGCGGGGCAGCUUCGUCUCAUCACUAACAUGUCCUGCGCUGUACGGGAUCCACGUUAACAAAAACAGAUCAAUAGAUCGCUGUGUCAGUCUGCUGGUGAGCUCUCAGACACACAGCUGUAGUUUGUACCAUCAUCAUCAUCUUCGAGGCGCAAGCAGGGCGGACUGGACUCAGAGCAGUGACAGCUUUGAAGCUACCCUGUACCAGCUGUGGUUUGUGCUUUCCAACAGCCAUCUGGAUUACUCGUUUUCGGACGGUAUGAGAGUGAAAAGGGCUGUAGUUAUGGCUGUGGUGCUGUGACAGAGCCAAAUCCACUGAGAUCUAUUCAUCCAGUUCACAGGGAGUGACAACCUUUCUUAUUGCCAAACACCAACCAAGGCUGCAGAAAUGCUGACUGAUGGCAGGUAACAGGAAUUUUCUCUAGUGCUGAUUGAUCCACACCAUGUCAUGUCUAAUAUUUGUCUUGAUAAUUAGGUAAAACUGAAGCUAAGUCACGUAUGAUGCAGUGUCAGUCCAGCCAUUGCAGUAUCAGUAUGAAACCCACCCUCGUCUCUACAUAGACCCCGGCAUAGGAGUGCUUAUGAACAUGUUCUGCCACAAGUCUGAUUAUGUAGCUGCCUGAGUGUGAGAUGCUAUUUUUGGUUCCCCCUCAUGUUAUCUUUUCCUCUUUUCUAUCUCUACCCUCUCUCUCUCUCUCUCUCUUUCUUUUUAUUCUACACAAUGUCUCUCGCUUUUAUGAUCACUCUCCUGACUCAGAAUACUCAUUAUUACUUUCUGUCCCUUUCUGCUCUGCACAGGAAACGACACCGUAGUUGUGACAGUGAGGAGGACCAACAGCUGAGUCCUCAGGCCAAGAAGUCAGGCGGGGGUUCCAGUCUGCUUGUGUCAGAUUUGGAUUCAGAGGUACAACUGAUUUCAUCUCCAAACUUAUCUUUAGAGCAGUGGUUCUCAAGUCCAGUCCUCCAGGCCCACUGUCCUGCAUGUUUUGGAUGUUUCCCUGCUCCAACACACCUGAUUCAAAUGAUCAGCUCGUUAUCAAGCUCUGUCAUGGCUUAAUAACGAGCUAAUCAUUUGAAUCAGGUGUGUUGGAGCAGGGAAACAUCCAAAACAUGCAGGACAGUGGGCCUGGAGGACUGGACUUGAGAACCACUGCUUUAGAGCGUCACUCAGUUGACUGUAGGUGUGCUAACAUUUAUUCUGUGAUGAAAAUCUGUGUGGGGGUGAGUUGAAUCUUUCUGCUGUUGUCUCUUAUUUUCUAACCUUGAGCUUACAAUGCAUAGCCACUUUUCAAGUAUGAAUGUAGCCUGUAACCAGGCAUCAUGCAUAUAAAUAUACAGGCUCUGUGUUGCAUAUGCAAACACCACACUCAGGAAGAGCUCAGAAUGUUUUAUUUAAAGCAUCUGCAUCCACCCAACCAUGAAGCUCCACUGCAGAGCCCACCUCUGCUCUGUUUUCGCAGUCUUCCAGCAGCGACAGCAGUAAUGGGAUAAGCAGUCCAGAGAGAGCAAUAGUGGUCACCGCCAGGCCAUGCAUACACAGCCAGAACAACCGCAUCACCCACAACUCCCUCAGCCCUCAGCCUGAAGAAUCUGCAAGCUCCUCGCAGCAUGGUUUCCAUGGCGACAGCAGCAGUGCCUCUUAUGACCACAUCAACCGAGUCCUGAGGGAGGCGCACUUCAGUAGUCUGCAAACCAGGGGGCAUCCAGGCUCGACAUGACUGUGAUCUCUGGCCCCUCUCCUGUCCUUUUGCUCCUCAACCAUCAGCGCUGACACUGAUGGAGUGGGGACAGUGCGUGGGGAGGUUCGACGAUUUUGGGCACAAAGACUCAUCCCCACCUCGCCAUGUAACAAGUGUCAAGACCAUAAGCACAUUCGCCUUUCCAUGGCCCAGCCACUGUGGUUUUCUGUGCAGUAUUGAUGUGUAUGUGCGUUUGUGUGUGUGUGCGUGUGUGCACGCACUCUUUGCACUUUAUAAAGAGGCAUCAUUCUCUUUACAUGCGUGCGUCAAUGCGUGGACAUUGUCAUUGGUGCUAAUCACAGGGAAAGUGUGAUGAUCCAAAGUGCUUGCAAACUUAGUUAAAGCUAAGCACUUUACUCAGUAACUCCUCAUUCAGUUUACUUUGACCUGGGAAGUUUGUCCCAUGUUUGUAUCUUUAGAGAUAGAUGUCGUAAUCCCAUGCAGAAAGGAUGAGAGCAAUCUUAACACAAUCCAGUUAAUGUUACAUAAGGUCUUUAAUUUUUUUCAACCAAAGUGGUAAAGUCAGGAUUAAGUUUGAAUUUCACAUCUAAAUGAAUCGGUAAUGUUCAAGUGUUGCAGGUCAGCAGGUUCUUGGUAAUGCAACACAGAUUCAUCAUGAGCUGCAACACCAAAGUCCAACCUCAGAUUAGACUCUGGCUAAUUAUAGAGCUGUUCGAGCCGUGCUGCAGUCUGCAGCUCCAACGUCACACUCAGCUCAGUGCUCCUUAACAACAAAAACAGCCUGAAGGAAAGACUCUCUCAAUCACUUUGUGUUUACUCCCUCAACCUUUUACACAACGUGCGUGUGACUGUGUGUUGUAAGCUUGUCAGCCAUACUCCACCAUGUAUGGUGAAAUCAGACCAGCACACUGUGUUGCAAAUAAAACGAGCGAUGUGAAAGUGAGCCAUGUUUUGUGUUAUAUUUAAAAGCAUUUGACACUGGAAUAAAAGCGUUGCUGAAAGUCAAGUCA